AUGGCAUUGCGCUACUACCGCACGUUCAUCGACGAAGUGGUCACCACUGAAAAUUCGAAGACCGAAGAGAAGCGCGCUUGCAGCAUGCCGCCUACAGGUACGUGCCUGGAGGAGGAGUGCGAAGAGGAGUUGCGAGCUCAGGUGGCGUGCCUCGCAGAGCGAGCUGCCCACCUUGAGCCGCUGCCGCGUGCCGUAGUAAAGCCGGUACAGAUGGCGGGGAGUCGUGGACAUCCGGACCUUUGCCGCCGCCCGUGCCUGCAUUUUGCCGCGGGCGCAUGCCUUCACGGCGAGGAGUGCUUGUAUUGUCACCAGCCUCACCCAGAGCGCGCCGUGACCCUGGACAAGCGCCAGCGCCUGCUGCUGGGAAGCCUCCCAGAAGCGGACCUCCUCGAAAUGCUGGUGCUAGCCUUCGAAGCCAAGCUGCGCGGUGUUGCCGAGCCCCGUGCCGCCCGCAUCCGCGCUUUCCUCGAGGUGUUGGAGAGGGCCGCGGCGGCCGUGCCCGCGGGGCGCCGGGUGGCUUUGCAGGGGAGGCUCCAGGUGGACCAGCGGAAGCUCCAGCAGAAGUUGCAGCAACUGAGCUUGGCCAACCUUUUUGGCGUCACCGCCAGGGUUGCCUCGGCUGAGUUGGCCACACGAUCCUGGGAGGCCUUGGAAAAUCUGCGCCACCUCAGCGAUUUGCUGUGA